GGAAGAAACUUUGUUGAUUAGUUCAAAAUGUAGCAGCAAGAAGGCCACAACUUUACAGACAGUUAGGAUGCCAAGGAGUAAUGUUUUGGACCGAGUACAGAGCUUUUUACCACAGAUGGCCCACGCAAAUGAUGAGCUAAGAAGAAAAAUGGUAACAGCACCAGCUCAUCAGUUUGAUAUUGAAAAUCUAGACAGCGCAACGGAAAAAGUUAUAGAAAUGAAUGUGGCUGUAGUUGAACUGAGUGAUUCUGAUACAGAUGAAGAGAUACCAACUUCAGAAGAGGACUCAGAAUCUGAAGAUGACUGUACAACUCAUGAAGUGACAAUAGACAACAUUAAGUUUCCUAAACAAAAGGGAGAAAAGGGCAAAAUAGAAAUUUUGGACAGCAAAGUCAAUGAGUAAAUCCAUUUUUAUUUUA